UGCACUAUCGAUUUUUCUAUGUAUAUAUAAAAACAAGUUGUUUUUUCUUGAAUGGCACUUUCCACACGACAUCAUACAGAUUUCUGUCAUUACGAUAGGUGUCUUCAGAAUCGCAAUGGUAUCCAUAGAAAUCGCCAUGCUGUUAGUAUUAAUGCUUUCCUUGGUGGAAGGAACGGAAGUCAUUAAUGCUGUGGAGGUCAACACCCCGUCAGGAUGGGUCAGAGGUUAUGAAGAAAACUAUGAGAAUGGUCAAGUGUACAGAUUUGUAAAAAUUCCGUUUGCGCAACCCCCGAUAGGAAAGCGGCGUUUUCAGAAGCCCCAACCAAUCGGAGAAUGGGAAGGUGUCCAGGGAAUAUCCGAUACAUAUUCUCCUUCCUGUCCACAGUGGGAUUUCCCAAUGCCCGGAGUUGAGAAUUUGGAAAAUGAUGAAAAUUGUUUAUAUCUUAAUAUCUAUGUUCCUGGCAAAAUAUCAAGGGAGCGCAAUCUGUCUGUAAUGGUUUGGAUUUACGGUGGAGCUUUUAUGUUCGGUGGAGCUAGUCAAUAUAAACCCCAGAAACUGGUUUUAGGUGGUGACGUCAUAGUUGUGACAAUCAAUUACAGACUUGCACUUUUAGGUUUUUUCACUUUGAAUGAUCCUUUACUGUCGGGUAAUUUUGGUCUUUGGGAUCAAAUUGAAGCUUUUCGUUGGGUUCAGAAGAAUAUUGAAGCCUUCGGAGGGAACCCUAAUUCUGUCACCAUAUUCGGAGAGUCAGCUGGUGGAAUGUCUGUCAGUCUGCAGACGUUGAUUCCUUCUAAUAAGGGACUGUUUCAACGUGCAAUUUCACAGAGUGGUGUUGCAACUUUCUUUGCAAUCUCAAAAAAGGAUUCAGAGAAAAAAACAGCAGAUAUGCUUCUCGAAAAAACUUCCUGUAAUGAUAAGGAAGAUGUCUCUGAAAUUUUGAAGUGCCUUCAGAAAAUCCCAGUUGAGAAUAUUACAAAUGCUAUUACGAUGAUGGAUUUGCAGACACCAAUAUAUAUGUCCACGGAACUAGGGGGUUUUGUACCAAAUGUUGACGGUGAGUUGAUAAAGGAAAAUUUAGCUUAUCCGGGUUCAUCAGAUAACGACAUUUACAGUUUCUUCCGUACCGUUGAUUUUAUGUCCGGGACACUCAAUGGGGAGGGAAAUGUGGUGUAUGGUAGCAUGACUCCACAACUGCAAGAACGUUUUGAAUUCAAUGUGACAGAGAAAAUUCCAAAGACUGUUCUCUGUGAAAUGACCGCCCCUGUAUUUGUUGAAACGGCUGUUGGGAAUUCCCCUAAUCUAGUGCAAGAAAUAUGUGACUUAUAUACCGAUACGGAGAGCGAUGAUGCACAAAGUAACAAAGUUUGUGAAUUCACAGGAGACAGUUCUUUCAUUGUUCCAAGUAACAUCAUGUUAACUAUUCACGCCGAGGACAAUACAGGAGCUAAAACAUUCCAAUAUAUGGUAACUAAAGCGAGUCCUAUGCCUUUCGGCGGGGAUCCACCUGCCUGGUUUAAGGGAGCCGGACAUAGUGAUGAACUAUAUCUUUUGUUUGAUUAUUUAAGAAAAAUCCCAGAAGAAAAACGUAAGAAGUUUGCCGAUUUAAACCUCCUGUCUGAAAAUGUUGUCCAGUAUUGGGCCAAUUUCGCAAAGUUCGGAAAUCCUAAUAGUGACAAAUUACCAGAAUGGCCAUCCUAUGACGUCAACAGCAAAAGAUACGUCAUCCUAGAUACGCAAAUCACAACAGGCCAAAAUUUGAAACCUGAAGCCACAAUACUACUCAGAAAAAUAAUAGAGAAGGGUCGUCAGAGACUUGCACACGAUGAAUUAUAAUGGAUUAUUUUAGAUUGGAUUUAUAUUUAUUAUAAGUAUCAUAUAUAGGAUAAAACGCAUUUCAACAAAUGUUAGUGUUACAGAUGUAAACCAAUCAUAAAAAUGUCAUUCUGUUCAUUAUGAAAUAGCUACAGUUUGCCUGUUAAGGUUUGCUUCUGUAAAUAUUUUGUACUUUAUUUGUGUAAUCUUUCCUUGUCCAAUCGAAAACUUGAAAAAGGAUAGUUUGACCUAACUGGAUGCAAUGUCCUUUGAUUAAACUAAACAGGACUUUUCACUGGUAGUUUACAUUUUGAUUGCAUUUCGAGAGAAAUUUUCCCAUAUAUUUCAAAGUAGAUGUGAUACAAUCGAUAGUUUGAAGGAUGAAAUACUUUUUUUUUAAAUUAUCGCUCGCGAAAUCAUUUUCCUUUAGGGAUUUCAACAGUCUCGAUUGAAGUCAGCAUUUCGCAAAUUCUAUGGUCGUUAUAACGAUCUAGUUCGUCAAUACAACCUCGCAUUGGGUCAAAUGCUCUCUGACGUGUUUCAUACCGAUUGUUAAGCCGUUCUUGGCACACUGAUUUUGACUGCGGAUAACUCCGUUUACCUGAUCAGGAUAUGGGGCUCACGGCGGAUGCGACCGGUCAACAGGGGAUGCUUACUCCUCCUAGGCACCUGAUCCCACCUCUGGUGUGUCCAGUGGUCCGUGUUUGCCCAACUAUCUAUUUUGUAUUGCUUGUAGGAGUUAUGAGAUUGAUCACUGUUCGUUAUCUUCACCUUGCAUUAGAAUUUAGACAUUUAAUAAAAAGGAUGAAUAUUGAUUUAUAUUACUAGUCAUAAGAAAAAUAAAGACUUAGUUGUAGAUAUAUUGUAAAUGAAAUUGAAUUUUUAAAUAUUAUUUCUUCAAUAUAGAAAAAGAAGUUUAUAUGGAUUUUCUUUUUGUCUACAGAUUUUUCUUGAUUUUAUUUGGUCAUGAAUAUGGACUCGAUUAAAAUUUGUUUUCUAAGCUUAACGGGAGUAAGCUUUUCUGAUUGAAGU